AUGAGGCUGCCCGAGAUCAGGAAGCCACGGAGGGCCCUUGCACCACUUCUCUCGGGCUUCGUGGCGUUGGUCCUGUUUUCCUGCAGUUUGUGUGCAGUCCGCAGUCCUCCGAGCUGGUGGAAGGCCGGGCGUCCGCGGAGGAAGCCGGGAAGCCUGGCAGAGGCUGAGCUGCUGUCGCACCUGGCGGUACUUCUGCUGCCGGAGGAGCCGAUCGCAGAGCUCUUCCGGGAUUUUCCUGUCGUACGAAGCGAUGCAUGGGGCAGGAACACUUUGAGUCCCGACCUGGCGGUUUAUGGUGCACUGGCAUCAGAGGAGGCGGCUCUGUUGGUGGAGUAUGACGGCUACUACCGCCACCUUAAGCCCGCAGGCAUUACAGCUGACAGUCGUAAGAACACAGCCCUACUGGAUUUGGUACCUGCCGGUUCGUACGUGUUGCGCAUAGCCCAUGCCGAUCGUGGACUGGAGCUUUCGUGCGAGAUUGGGGAAGUUGUGGUAGACGCGUGGAAGCCUGGCGACGACUCAUCCUUGGCUAGAGCACUGCUUCAAGUGGCUGAGUUCUUGUUGAAACAACUGGGAGCAGUAAUGCAUCCUGAUCGAAGAGCAAGUCUGCAGAAAUUCGUUGAGGAUCCUGCUGGGGGCUCCUGGCAAGCGGCAGUUGAGUUCACAGAGACAGUAGCUGCGGAGCGUGAGCGUGAUUUCGACCCAGCACAUCUGCUUCAUGUUCUGAAGAUGCAGCUAGAUGUGUCCAUUUCAGAAGCAGAGGAACUUGUAGGACAAUGCCCUGCUCUGUCACGCUACGACAUCGACGACCAACUCCUGCCAAUGAUGCGACAGUUGGAAGUGUGGGGCCUGAAGAAGUCUCAAGUUGCGACUUUGCUUGUUCGCUUUCCGCAAGUAUUGGGAUGCAGGGUCGCACAGAACUUGAAGCCCGCGGUGCAGUGGCUGCGAGAUUUGGGGCUGACGAAAGUCGAGGUUGCCAAAGUGAUUGCUCGAUUUCCGCAAGUGUUGGGAUGCAGCAUCGAAAAGAACUUGAAGCCCACGGUGCAGUGGGUGCGAGAUUUAGGCCUGAAGACAGUCGAGGUUGCCAAAGUGAUUGCACGACAUCCGAGUUUUUUGGGAUGCAGCCUCGAAGAGAACUUGAAGCCCACGGUGCAGUGGGUGCGAGAUUUAGGCCUGAAGAAAGUCGAGGUUGCCAAAGUGAUUGCACGACAUCCGAGUGUUUUGGGAUACAGCAUUGAAGAGAACUUGAAGCCGACAGCCCAGUGGCUGCGAGAUUUGGGGCUGACGAAAGUCGAGGUUGCCAAAGUGAUUGCACGACAUCCGAGUUUUUUGGGAUGCAGCCUCGAAGAGAACUUGAAGCCCACGGUGCAGUGGGUGCGAGAUUUAGGCCUGAAGAAAGUCGAGGUUGCCAAAGUGAUUGCACGACAUCCGAGUGUUUUGGGAUACAGCAUUGAAGAGAACUUGAAGCCGACAGCCCAGUGGCUGCGAGAUUUGGGGCUGACGAAAGUCGAGGUUGCCAAAGUGAUUGCACGACAUCCGAGUUUUUUGGGAUGCAGCCUCGAAGAGAACUUGAAGCCCACGGUGCAGUGGGUGCGAGAUUUAGGCCUGAAGAGAGUCGAGGUUGCCAAAGUGAUUGCACGACAUCCGAGUUUUUGGGAUGCAGCAUCGCAGAGAACUUGA